CUGAGAAAUGGAGGGUGAGGAGUAUAAAAUAGCCCAUGAAGGUUCUGGACCAAUGAAAAUGAAGAAGAUAAAAUCAAUGAAUGAAGCGAAUUUAUCUAAAAAUGGCCACUCAGCUGUUGAAGCUAGAGAAAGUGCUUCCCUUAAAAGAAGUAAAUCGACCAAAGAGGAUAAAAAGGAAGACAGCACUAAAAUAGCUUAUAAGCCCUCAGACUUCAAGAUUAUCAAAGAGGUUGGAGAAGGAUCUUAUGGAAGAGUCUACCUUGCAAAAAGAGUCUCUGACAAGAAGAAAGUAGCUAUUAAGAUGCUCGAUAAACACCAUUUAAUCAAGAGCCAUAAAGUUGAGCACGUCAUGAGAGAGAAGAAGAUUCUAAGCGAAUUCGCCCAUCCGAAUUUGAUCGAAUUGGUAGGCACCUUUCAAGAUGAAGAUAACCUCUACUUCGCACUUGGAUAUGAAGAGAACGGAGAUCUAGCAGGUUUACUCAAAAAGAUGAAGAAGUUACCGAUCGAGAUAGUAAAGUAUUAUUCAGCUCAAUUGGUUGGAGUCCUUCAAUACAUCCAUUUCAGUGGAAUUGUGCACAGAGACUUGAAGCCGCAAAACAUCCUGAUCUCUAAAGACUUCCGGCUGAAACUCAUAGAUUUUGGUGAUUCCUUGGUAGAAGGUGCCACAGAAGAAAUAGAAACUCCCGAUGAUGACUCGGAUGACCUUGACGAAGAAGAUAAGAAGCAGAUUGAAACAGAUGAUAAGAAAAAGGAAUUCGUGGAAUUUAGAGCUCAUGAUGAAGAUGCAGAGGAAGAUGCAGGAUAUAAAAAGAUGCAUGAAUACAGAGGCACUUUUGUGGGAACCCCCUUGUAUGUAGCCCCUGAAAUGCUAAAGGAGUCAAUGUCAGGGCAUUUUACGGAUCUCUGGGCUCUCGGAUGUAUUAUAUUCCAAAUGAUUACUGGAGAAGUUCCAUUUAAAGGUAAAACAGAUUUCCAAACCUUUGAGAUAAUUAUGAAAAGAGAGUUCAAAUGGCCAGAAGAUAUUGAUGAUGACCUUAAAGAUCUAAUAGAUAGACUUCUAGUUAUUGAACCUAUGCAGAGACUUGGAGCAGGAAGACAAGGAAGUGGAAGAUCUUAUGAAGAUUUAAUGCUACACCCGUUCUUUAAAGAGAUUGAUUGGAACACUAUUGGAACUGAUAUUAUCCCUUAUGAUAAAAAGGUUCUAAAAAAUAUAAUCAAGAAAAAGAAAAACCUUGACAUAUUUGAGCCAACAGAUCCAGAGCCGCUUCCAGAUUUGUCUGAGUCUGCUACCAUGACUACUGAGGACAACUCAGCACGUCAAUCCGAAGUUGACGUCAAGUUACAGAACCCAGAAGAUUUUAAUCAAUUAUUUGAAGCAGGAAAAGAACUCAAGAGAGGAUGGCUAAUGAAAAGGAACCCUUGGUUUGUAAACCAAAAGAGACUUUUCAUCCUCACCAACCACCCAAAGCUGAUGUAUUUCAAGGAUGAGCAAACCAUGAGGGGAGAAAUCAAGCUGAAUUCAGACUGCAAAGCCAAAAAGAUCUGAAAAUACAAACUCGAAGUUGUAACUAAAGGCCGUACAUAUUAUCUCAAGCACCCUGAUAAGGCAUCCAUUGACGUGUGGGUUCAGGAAAUUAACAGCGCAAUUGAAGCAAAAUAUGGAAAUUAG